CCCCGGGCGAGGUUUGUCCGGCUUGGUGCCCGCCUCCCAGGCCGGCCCCCCAGAGCUAAAAGAGGAAGUUGGGAUAAGUAGGGCCCCGAGCAUCUCUGCGGAGGGAGGCAGGUUAGGCCUGGACUGACCACCCGACAGACAACUGACGGAUGGACACACAGAGCAUCCAGCCUGCGGCUCUGCUGCACUGUUUGCGUGUGAGUGAGUGAGCGGGAGGGAGCGCGGGACAGGGCGAGGGUGCUAGCCUCCCAGAGCUGGGUGGGGGCGAGCUUCGAGCCUCCCGGCCCCUGGGAAGUCCGACAGCUCCGCCCCCCAGCCCCAGCAUCUGGGCAGAGCCCCGGAGCGCGGGCGAAACUCUGUGCCAAGAGCGCCCGGAGCGCUGAGCUUCCCGGGACGGGCCGUUUCCGACCAGCCUGCGGUGUGUCCGCCUGCUCCGCUGGGCGCUGCCCUCUGUGCCCCCGCAGCCCUAGACCUGCUGAAGCUGCUGCUACGGCGCCUAAAGAGAUCAGGAUGACAGGGGGCAGGGCGCCCACACCUCUCCUCCUCCUCCUCCUCUUCCUCCUCCUCUUCUGUGAGCUGUUGUUCGCGAGCUCCGUCCCGCCAGAAACCAAACCUGUAUUUGUUGGAGAAGAACUAGACAACGUUACCAUACCUUGUAGCAAUACCUCGGGCCCUGGGGGCCUGGUGAGCUGGUAUAGAAAUGAGCCUGAGGCUACCUUCCUCCUUUCUUCCAACACAACCCUCCCAUCUGAAUCCCGCUACUCCCUGGUGAAUGCCAGUUCCCUGCAUAUCACAGGGCUGGGCCUACAUGAUGAGGGGAACUACACCUGUCGGGAAGUCCUGAACAAGACCCUGGGAGACCACCUGGAACACAGGGUCCAGCUGCUGGUGGCUAGUGGCCCCACCCAGAUGGACAUCAACAUCUCUCCAACUGGAAUCCACCCAAAUGGCUCCCUCUUUGUCGCCAGGGGCUCCCAGGUGACCUUCAACUGCAGCAGCAGCUCCUACCCACCUCCCGUGGUGGAGUGGUCCUUCCAGCAGUCGGGGUCCGGCAGCGAGCCUUUUGGGGUCAGCAAUGAGACCUUCAGCUACUUUGUGCUCCACAACAUGUCGCCCACACUUCAGGGGAAUUACACGUGUUUGGCCACAAACAUGCUCAGCAAGAGAGUUCAGAAAGACACUGAGCUCCUGGUGUAUUAUCCUCCUUGGUCAGCCCCACAGUGCUGGGUGGAGACGGCCGCCAUGGGGUCCAUGCUGCAGCUCAUCUGCCGAUGGUCUGGAGGGUAUCCAGAUCCUGUCUUCCUGUGGACAGAAGAGCCAGGGAGCUUGAUCUUGGGCAAUUCAAGUUUGGGUGUAGAGACACUCAAUCGGUCCCAGUUGUCUGACGGCAAGAAGUUCAAGUGUAUUGGAAAUCAUAUUGUGGGGUCUGGAAUGACGGGAGCCAACUGUGCAGUCCAGAUAAAUGGGCCCACCCUUCAGUCCGAGCCAAUGAAGACCUGCUUCUUGGGAGGCAACGUGACCUUCACCUGCGAGGUAUCUGGAGCCAACCCGAAGGCCAAGAUCUCCUGGCUACGGAAUCUCAGCCAGCCAGAAGUGGAGAUCCUACCCGGCACACGUUACCUGAUAACACACAAGGACUCAGUCUCCACCCUCACCAUCCUCAACUGUUCCCAGGAGGUGGAUGAAGGCUACUACGUCUGCAGGGCAGAGAACCCAGUGCGGGUGAGGGAGGUGGACAUCUGGCUGACUGUGAAAAAGCCUUUGAACAUCGGGGGCAUCAUGGGAGCAGUUGUGAUCUUGCUUCUGUUGGGAAUGGGGACAGUCUCAGGUUUUAUAUUGUAUUACAGUCCAAAUAUUUGCCUGAAAGUAGGAAACAGCCUCAGGGGUCAAGACACAAGUGAUGUCAUGGUCCUGGUCGAUUCACAGGAUGAGGAGGAGGAAGAGGCAGAAGAAGAAACAGAGGAAAGAGAAGAGGAAGACUUGCCGAAAGAGAUAACCAGACAUGGCCACAUACACCGGGUGACUGCCCUGGUGAAUGGGGAUGUGGAGCGCAUGGGGAAUGGUCUCCAGGCCCUCCAAGAUGAUAGUAGGGAAACCCAGAGUGACAUUUUCCAGGAAGAAUGUGACCGACCUGUUUGAUGGAAGUUUGUCUUUUCCUGUAUGUUGCUGGAGCACCCUCGGAGGAUGCUUGGUUGGAGUUUAGCUUUUACCCCAACCUGGGCUCUGAGAUCUCUCGCUUUGGCAAUGGUUUGGGCCCCUCGGCAAAGAUCCCACCUCCCCUUCUGUGCUUUUCUGCCUAAUUAGCUUGAUUUGCUGUCGGCUCCCUCAAGGAUGUUAAAGAGCCGUAGGGACAGGCGAACACUUGGGAGGAAGCCCGAGACGUGGCAUCUGGUUUCCAAAGUACAACUUUCCCUGGGAAUCUUGGCUCCAUCCAGAUGUCCCCACUUCCCUGAGAGCACAAGUGAAAUGUCUUUCCAUAGCCAGAGGAAGAUGGUUGAAGGUUUGCCAGCAGCCCAUGCUGGUGUACAGAGAAGGGUGUUCUGGGAUCCCAGGGCAAGCACCCAAAAUGAUCCAGGCAAUAAUCCCUUUGUCACUAUCCAAGGAAGGUAUAGGUGGGCCGGAUUUUCAGGCAAAUUUCCACUGGCUGAAAAAAAGGGCAGGAUUUGCCAGAAACUAUUGUAUCUGGGGGGGGACCUUUCUCUCCUUCGUGGGAAAUUGGGUCAACUAAAAGUUACAGUCUCUUGGUGAGCAAGACCAUUGCUGGCAAGUUUCCUUUGAAGAAGGAGAUGUGGAUUAUUAGAAUGGAAGAACUGGACCUGAAAGGCCACAACCUGUGUAUCCUUGGGCCUAUCACCUCUCUGAGCCUCAGUUUCUUCAUCUGGAAGAUGAUAGAGUGGAUGACUUCUAAGGUCUGUUCAAGCUCUACGGAUCCUGUGAUCGUUCAUAUCUUUUCCCGGCCCAUAGAUGAGCCAUAAUUCUUUUUGGAGAGGUGGGAGGCUAAUGAGUUCACAAGGAGAUGCUUUUAUUUUAACCAGAAUGCAUAGGGAAAUGCUACACAGGGAACAGGAAAAGUGUAAUUAGGUGAGCUUCUCCUUUUUCUGCUCCUUAGCCAUUGAUAUGAAAGUCAUUGAUACGAAAGUAGAACUCGCAGUUUGCCAGGAAACAAGCAGAAAUCCAGACUGGUUCUCAACUUUCUCACUCAGCUCUGGUGACUGUGAUUGAGUCAUGGCUAUUCUUGAUCUGGUCUUCCCCAUCUCUGAAAUGGGAAUGAGAAAACAUCUUUUCUGCUUGCCCUGAGGGGAUACUAGGAAGCUAGCCCCAUUGGAUAACGAUGAAAUGGAAGGAAAAUGCUAUGUAAUAAUAACAAGUGGGAGAGUCCAGUGAGCCGCCAUUGUUUUUUUCCACAAGGCCAUCAGUGAGUGCAUCCGUCAAGCCUUUUACCUGAUGGUGAUAGAAGAUGUAAGGGCUUGUGUUAGGCACUGCAUUUGUUUUCCAUGUGUACAGAUCUGCUCAAGAUGGCGCUGGGAUGCAGUUUGGGACUGGGAACUUGGAAGGCCUGGGCUUCUCAUCUUGCUUCAGAUAUUCACUUUCUGUGUGAGCAUGGGCAAAUCACUUUACUUCUCUGAGACUCAGUUGCCUUAUCUGGCAAGGCACAAGGGAAAAUCAAAUGCAGGGCCUUCCAUCCCAGGAAUCAUAGUGUUGUAUUUCACCUCUGCACUGGGCAAUUUCCAUUUUGCUCCAUAGCACCCCCACUGUUCGACUACUUCAUGUAGUUUCAGAAUGGGCCUCCAUGACAGGUGUAUUCUACCACCUCCAGGAGGCGGAUCAUAGUCUCGCCUACUUUGAGUCUCUCAGGGCCCGUUUGGUGAAAUUCCUGCGCUUGAGAAUACUUUCCCUUGGACAACUGGGGGUCGUCUACCUUGAUUUAGCAAUUGAUGUUGUGAACCUAGGAAACUUUCUGCAAUAGGAAAUGAGAGAAAGCUGUGCAAGGUCAUUAAAGAUUUCCCUAAAUUCCUGUUCCUCCUACAGAUAUUUUAGUAACUGAGUCAGAACAGAGCUGGGGAACCGUACAAGGCAGGGAUUUUUCCACUCCCAAAUAAAAGCGUAGUGCCAGCUUGCUAUUAGCCAAAGCAACCCUUUAAGCAAGCCAUGAGCCAUACAUGAUUGAUGUCACUCAUGGAUGAGUACAGAAGACCUUGGGUGAGAUUGUAGGCUCUUAGACAUUUCGGAUUUUCAAGGCAUUCAAAGAAAUGGGGCUUAAGUAUUUUUUUUUAAAGAACAACAAAAAACAAAAAACCCUUAAAUACCAAAGCCUUUUGACAGGGGGACUCUAUUCUGGCUUUGUAGGUUAUGGUUUUUAGUUUCAUCUUUCAAUAAAACAGGUAUUGCGACUUCAUAGCAAAUUCAGGAAUUCUGCUUACCAGAACUUGGGUGGUAAACAUUUAGAGGCUGCCAUCUUUUUCUCCAUGAGGCCUGGUGGGGUUUGCCUCUGCAAACCUUCCUCUUCCUAUCUUCCUACUCUCCUCCAAAGGUAGAGCUUUUUGUAGCUGGUUCCAGUUCUCACUGAAGCCCCACAGUGAAGUUCUUUUAUUCAAGCAUGGCUGUAAUACACACUGGAUGGUAUUGGCACUUGGAUUAAUAAAGCACUGCAGACUAGUUGAGAAGACUUCUUGGGUAAAGCUUUCUAUAAUGAUGCAUUCAAUGCUAACAAGUGUAAAUCUUCCAUCCUGUGACUAGCCAUAUUCUGCUAUUAGGGCUUUUAAAAAGCACAGUCAGGUAUCUCUGUUCUAAAUAAUUUGAUUGUUUUAUUUUAUGUAGGGGUGGGGAUGAUGAGAAAUUAGUUUUGAGAGCUGUGGUUGGUUUUUUUUAUGAUUCUGGAAUAAAAUUAUUUUUCAAUAAAUAGUUUUUGUAAUCUUUA